UUGUACUUCAGUUCCUCAGUUCUAUAUUUUUGCAGAGACAGAAGCAUAAGCUCUUGUUUUUUUUUUAAAGUUUGCUGACAGAAUCAAGAUAACUUUUUACUACACCAUGUAUAAUGAGGCAGUAGCAUUAACAAGUGAAAGAUGUAAUAAAUUAGACAUCUCUUCAUUUUAGAGAAGAUGGAAACAUCAUUGGUUUUCUUUUCUCAAUUAAGUAUGUGCGAACCAAAAGAAAAAACUAUUUUCAAGUUAAUACACGGUUCAGGAAAAGAAGAAACAAGCAAAGAAGCCAAAAUCAGAGCUAAGGAAAAAAGAAAUAGGUUAAGUCUUCUGGUGCAGAAACCUGUGUUUUACGAUGAUACUCCCUCCAGUAGAUCUGGGCAAUUGGCCAAAGAAACAAGAAUCUCCACAGAAGAAGCAAUAAAAUGGGGUGAAUCAUUUGACAAACUGCUUUCCCAUAAAGAUGGACUGGAGACUUUUACCAGAUUUCUUAAAACUGAAUUCAGUGAGGAAAACAUUGAAUUUUGGAUAGCCUGUGAAGAUUUCAAGAAAAGCAAAGACCCUCAACAAAUAAUUCGAAAAGCAAAAGCAAUAUAUGAGAAAUUUAUACAGAAUGAUGCUCCACAAGAGGUUAAUCUUGAUUUUCACACCAAAGAAAUCAUCUCCAAGAGCAUCAUCCAACCCACCCUCCACAGUUUUGAUGUUGCCCAAAGCAGAGUAUAUCAGCUCAUGGAACAAGAUAGUUACAUGCGUUUUCUGAAAUCUGACAUCUAUUUAGACUUGACAGAAGGAAGAUCACAGAGACCAACAAAUCUUAGAAGACGAUCGCGUUCAUUUACCUGCACUGAAUUUCAGGAUGUAAAGUCAGAUGUUGCCAUUUGGUUAUAAAGAAAAUUAUUUUUGCUCAUUUUAUUCGUAAACUUGUUCAUUUGCUUCUAAGAUACAGCAUGUUUAUGUUAACAAAUGAGUAUGUCUUUUAAAAUAAGUGUCAUUUGAAAUGAUUUAAAAAAUGCAAAUCAAAACUGUUAUUUGUCUAACAAUAUAUAAUGUAUCUGCCAAGAUAUUCUAUAAAAGCUUCCAUUCGACUUCAUUUCAUUCAUAGUCAGAAAGCUCCUUAAUUAAAAGGCGGUAAGGAAAUAAAAACAGUGUUGUACAAGAUUGUAAAGUUAAAUAAAGGUUAAGCUUUUGCAAAAUUGUCAA